AUGAUCCUUCCUCUCAGCACCGUUGAAGCUAAGAUGUCCACCUUUGAGUUCACAUUGCGCUGUAAUUCUUUGAAAUGCCGCAAGGAGAUCAGCGGUCUUGCCGUAGUCACGACAUGCAGUCACAUCUACUGCACCGACUGCGCCAAUAAUCUCCAGCUUUUCGGCGUUCGUGAUGGUCAGCGUCCCAUUUGUACGGCUUGCGACGGCCAACUUUCGAACCCAGAAGAUGUUGUGGGCGUUAACCUCAAUCCCUCUGAGGACUACAAGAGUUGCGUACUCAGUGGACUGAGCCCGAGUGUGAUCUUAGAAUGUGCGAGCAGAGCUCUUAAUUUUUGGGCCUAUCAGACCAAUUCUGAGAUUACUUACCAAGAGUAUCUGGCGAAGAACUUGACCGACAAGUAUACCAUGCUGAAUUCUCAGGUCGACAAGGUCGUUCAUGAUGCAAAUUCUGAAAUAUCCAACCUACGGAACAACAUCUCAAGUAGGCUACCCCUUACCAUACUAGCAGCUUUGCUGAUGUAUGUUACAUACAUGGAGGCAGAUCAGGAUAGUCUCCGAAGAAAAGUAGAGGAGCUUAAUCUGGCAUUGCGGGAGAAGAAUCGCAAAUAUCUACAGACACAAGAGCUAUACGACAAAUUGAAGCGUCGAGCCAUGCUGGGCCAGGUCCAAGACGCAGCCUCGGACGAAGUAGAUAACGCCAUCCAAGCUUCAGUCUCUGCGAAUCGCUUCGUCGACAAAGUUGGGAACCAGACGAUGCGACCACCACCUCCACCACCUCUCUUUUCUGGUCAGCAAAAUACAGGCGUUCACCGAACAGGUGCUUCGGGAACUAGCGGUAUGAAUGCGGCUCAAAUGGCUCGUGGCGGAGACUCUGGAUGGGCUGGCUUCAGUAGUCAAGCAAGCAACAACCAGAAUCUAUCCGUACAAACACCCUCAUCCAGCCGCCAGAGGCUGGCUUCGUAUCCUAUGCUAGGACUUGGACUCGGCCUCCAGUCCAAUGCUGUUUCGGCAACUCCGCAAACACAGUCUCGAGUAUCUCCACGCCAGCCUCUCGGAAGUAUCAAUGGAAAUAAUCCCGGUCUUUCGGGCUUUGCAGGUUAUGGUAUGAGCGCUGGUCUCAAAGUCAGCAAUCCAACAGGACCUACCACCAAUGGACUUCCUAGACCAGUGAUGAGAUCCAGAGUUGCUCAAAGAAAUGCCUCGGGUGGCUUUCCUACCAACCAAAGCUCAACAUAUCGCUCCAGCUCGACUACAAAUAUGUUCUCCAAUGGAAACAAUCUCUACUGA